AUGAGCGCAGCCCAAUACGCUCGCCUCGUUCCUCGAAAAUAUCGUCAUCGAACACUUCCCAAAAUGGACCGGCCUAUUAGGCCUCGUGUUAUUUCGUGGGCCGGUCCAUCUGCAUUCUAUCCAAAUCGAUUCUACGAAAUUGACAAAUGGUACAAAGCGAGAAUCGAUAAACCCGAAACAAUUCCUGAUAUGCACAUUAUUGAACCGACUGAUUAUACCAAAUCGAUUAGAGAGAUUUUGGAGAAACGUAUGGAAUUUUUGGCCGGGGAAAUUUGAUUCUAGAUCAAAUAUUCACUUCUUGUAGUGAAAAAAUUGAGAAAAAUCUGCAUUUUUGUGUCUCGGAGCGUAACAAUCAUGAAAAACUGAGAUUUUGGAGAAAAGUUGGCCAAAAAAUUGAGAUAAUAUAUCCAGAUAAAUCUGAUUUUUGAGUCCUGAAUUGUAAAAAUGAGAGCUUUCAAAUCUCGAGGCCUAAUUUCCCAAUAAAAUCUAGUUUUCUAUUCUCAAAACUGUGUUUAACGAAUAAUAUUUGCAGCCCAAACCGAAUUGAUCAACAUUGGGUUCAAAAAACCGGAACUUUCGGCCAAAAAAAUUGAGAAAACUGAAGAGGAUCGUGUUGAACUUGAGAGAAAAUCGAGACAUAUGGAAUGUACGUUUUAUUUUAAAAAUUAUUCAAGAAUCUUUUUCUCAUUUUUUCCAGUACUAAUUUCAAUCGAUAAUCUCGAAAUUCCAAAUCUCUCAAUCUACAAACACUUCAAUAUUUUCGACGAUUUAUUCGGUAAAUCAACAUUUUUCGAAAAACGCUCAAAAUUUCGACGUUUGCUAUCCGAAAAAUCACGCAAUUUAUAAUGGAAAUAUUAUUGAAGCCCAAAAUCUUACUGAAAAACCUGAUAUAAAAAUUGAGAAAAUCGGGAAUUCCGGGGGAUUCAACACAUUGCUCAUGGUAAACAUUGAUGGAAAUGGGUUUUUGGAGCAAAAAAACGGGGAAUUUGUGCAAUAUUUGGUGGCAAAUAUUGAAAAUGGCGGAGAAAUUGGCACUGGCGACGAGGUUUUCGAGUACUUACAACCAUUGCCAUUUUAUGGAACCGGAUUUCAUCGAAUCGCUUUCGUUCUCUUCAGACAUUCUGAAAAACUUGAUUUGGCUGGAAUUUCGGGUGCUGCAAAUCUGGAGAGCCGAAUUUUGAACGUGUCGGAGUUUUAUAAGAAAAAUGAGCGGGUUUUGACGCCUUCUGCUAUUCGAUUUUGUCAAACAAAAUAUGAUGAAAGUGUGAAGAGGAAAUUACAUGAAUUGGGUAAGGUUUUGAGAUAGAAAAUUGGAUUUUUAAGGGAAAACAUGGGGAAAAAUUUGCCCUGAUAUUGACUAAAAAUUGAUUUUUCUGGUCUAAAAGUAGGCAUGUUUUUCAUCAAAAAUUAGACAUUUUAGAGUCUGAACUUUUUUUGAGCCUAAAAUCAGGCAUAUUUUCCCAAAUUUUUCUCACUAACAAUAAAAAUCAAAAACUCCAAUCUUUCCAGGCUACAAAUCACCGCUCUACAAUUAUGAAUAUUUGCCAGCCUUGAAACCGGACCAAAAAGAAUAUCCCAAAAAACCACAACCAUUUGAUUUGUAAGUUUUUUUAAAGUUUUCAAUCUGAAACUAUGAUUUGUCUUCUUUGCAGAUAUUUGGAUAUGUAUCGAGAUCCGAAAGAAAUUGAAGCAGAAGUACUUGAGAAACGGUUGAAUACGAUUGGAUUGAAUGAUGUUGAGGUGAGGAUAUUUUAGACUGAAAAUUUACAGAAAAUUGGAUUUUCCUGAUCAUUUUUAGCCUAAAAUUUGAUUUUCAAAUUAUUUUGAGAUAAAAAUACACAAAAAAAUGAGAAUUAUAUUGAUUUUUCAGGUCCAAUUUACCCCAUUCAAAUUUUUCGCUAUGCAUUUUUCCUCAUGAAAAAAAUACAAAAAAUGCAUAAAUAAUCCAGUUCCAUAAUUAUUUGUCUCUGAUAACCGACAAAAUAAACAUUGGCGACGAAAUGAGCAAAACCUCGUGUUUUUUAUCAGAUAAUUUUCGUUCGAAAUUCAUGGAAUUUUCCCGGUAAAGGGUGAAAAUUCUAUGAAUUUUUUGAUUUUUGCUCAUUUCGUCGCCAAUGUUUUUUCCACUUAUCAGAAUGAUACCGGAUUAUUUAUGCAUUUUUUCAUGAGGAAAACUGCAUAGUUAAAAUGAUAAGAAAGUUUUUUGAGCGAGAAAUAUGAAUGGGGUGAUUUUUGAACCAAAAAUCUAGAAAAGUGGAAAAUUAUCGCCUGAAUAGUCUUAUUUUUGAUCGAAAAAUGCUCAAUAUUGAAGAACAAGGUUUUAGCUAGAAAUAAAUUUUAAUCAAAAUAAGUUGUGAAUUUUGAAAAUUCAGAUUUUUCUGGUCCAAAAAAUCUUAAAUUACUAAAAUGUUUGGCUCCCAAAAUCGUUCUUAUCAUUUACACUAUGCAUUUUUCCUCGAAAAAAAUUCAAAAAAAAACAUAAAUAAUCCGGCGCCUUUUUUUUCCUGAUACCAUUUUUUUCUGUUUGAAAGCGCGUGCUUUUUGGAAUUUUAGAGGUUCAAAGAUUGAUAAAAAUUCGAUAAAAAUGUGAUUUUUUGUGAUACUUUUGACCCGGAAAAUUCCAAAAUUUUUUAAAUUUUAUCAGCAAAGAAGACGCCAGAUUAUUUAUAUUUUUUUAAUUAAAUAUUUUUUCGAAGAAAUUGCAUAGUUAAAAAGAUAAGAGUUUUUGAAAAAAAAAAUAAUGAGGUGAUUUUUCGAAGUUCAAAAAUAGAACAUUUCGGAUUUCCAGAAGAUCGGGCUUAAUAUUCACAGAAAAAGGAAUAUUUGAAUCCUUCAGCGAAAAAAUCCAAGUGAAAAUGAGAAAUGUUUGGUUCUGAAGCGUGAAAUGAUAAAAUUCCAUUUUUUUUAAAUUGAAAAACUGAUUUGACGCCAAACUGCCACGUGGCGUUUCAAAUUUCAAAAAUUUUUUUGUGAAAAAUUCACCCGAAAAAUCCCAAAAUCAAUUUCAGGCUCCAAAAUGGUUGGACACUGAUUACAACGAGAACAAAAAGAAAUUGCCAUCUUGGUUGCAUUCGAAAAUGUUGGAUCGAAGUGGACCAAAUCGAAAAUUGUAUGAAAAUAUUGAGAAAAAAUAG